AUGUCGCUUGGUCAGCGUGCCAAAUUGACAGUUUCACCGGACCUGGCAUAUGGUAGCCGAGGAAUUCCGGGUGCUAUACCACCAUUUUCGACGUUGAUUUUCGAUAUUGAGCUUCUUAAAGUGGAAGCUGCUUGA